AUGCUCGCUUCUUUCUUCUCACGAGAGCAGCAGAGCAGCAGAGAAGCUUCGGCAAAGGCUAGAACGUCGGCGUGCCUAGGGAGCCUGCAUGACAUCACCGGGGGGUCACCCUCACCGGGCGGCACGCCAGCAAGGUGCAUACCUGAGGCGCACCGCGGCGCCUACCUGAGGCGUGCAGAGGCGUCUGCCGCCGGAGCCUACAGGCUGCUGUCCUCGCUAGCACCUGGCCACACGGCCCACACCGUUGGAACUUGGGUCCCCGGUGGCCAAAGGGAAAGGUACCCCGUACCGUUCCGCGAGCUCCCUCCCAUUCCUCCCCCUGCCUCCAGCAGCACCCGCCGAGCACAUGCGUUCGAGACCGCUGCCAUUACGGAGCAGGCAAUUACAGCGCUGCCGGUCCCCUCCUUGGACGUGCUGCUGCCCGCCCGCGGCGAGCCGCCAAGCGAGUCCGGUACGUGGUGCGCCGCAGGUACCGGUGCGCUCCUCCGCACCCGCACCCUUUCCGCAUCCCACGACCCUCUCAUCCCAUCUUUCCCCCCUCCCCUCCCCGCCUGCCCGCCUGCCCGCCUGCCCGCCCAACCCGGCUUUCGUUGCCUCUGCAUCCCGACCUCGCCGCUGCCCGUCGGCCUUUGCAUCCAUCCAGACAGCAUCCCGCGAGCGAGGCAAUUGCCGAGACGCCUUGGACGAACUGCCGACGCCGACUGCGGCUGCGACGCCGACCGCGACGCUGACGAGGCCCGCGACGACGACCGCUGA